CGUUGCAGGGAUAAACACAUAGCUAGCUAGCUAGCAUGCUGGCUAAAUGUGUAAAGCUGAUUAACUGGCUCUUUUAAACUUAAUUUAUGACCGCUUUCGUGGUUUCUUUGCUCGUUAGUAUGAGGAUUUAGGGGAACGACAACACCUCCUGAGUCUAAAAAUUGUCGUGUCAAGAUUUCUUAAUUAUUUCUUUGAAUUUUGGACAUCACAAAGUGCCUGAAGGAGACACGGUUGACGAGUGCGGCUGCUUGGAGUUCCAGCGUCAGUCUGUAGUGCCAGAGGUGGGAUGGAUCCUCUGGGUGCUCGCUCCCAGUUUGUGGACAUCCAGACUCUCCCCACGUGGCAGCAGCAGCUGGAUGAAGAUGGCGAGAAGACACCGCAGGAGCAGAGCGACAGCCUGCUCAGCCAGCAGGCCUUCCCCUCGCCCUUCCCCUUCAGACCAGACAUCAACCGCAAGAUCAUCCUCUUCUGUGGUGACAUCGCCCUGCUGAACUGCACUGCCAUCUUGAACACCAGCAACGAGUCGCUAAACGACAAGAACCCCUUGUCUGACAGAGUCCAUCAGCUGGCAGGGCCCGAGCUGCGAGACGAGCUGCUCAAACUCAAAGGAUGUCGGACAGGUGAGGCGAAGCUGACCAAAGGCUUCAACCUGGCAGCCAGGUUCAUCGUCCACACAGUGGGACCGAAGUACAAAGCCAAAUACAGGACGGCAGCGGAGAGCUCGCUCUACAGCUGCUACAGAAACACCAUGCAGCUGGCCGUAGAGCAGUCAAUGGCGUCUGUUGGCCUCUGUGUGGUGAGCACGGCCAAAAGAGGUUACCCACUGGAGGAUGCUACACACAUAGCUUUCAGAACAGUGCGCAGGUUCCUGGAGAAUCAUGGAAACAGCCUGGAGACGGUGGUGUUCGCAGUGUCUGACACAGAGGAGCGGCUGUACAAGAGGUUACUGCCUCUGUAUUUCCCUCGGUCUGAGGAAGAGGAGCGGGCGUGCUUGCCUCUCAUCCCAGCGGACAUUGGCAACUCUGAGGGUGAACCCGUUGUCCCAGAGAGACAGAUCCGCAUCACAGAGAAACCAGGCACCCUGGAAGAUGAUUCUGAAGAGGAGAGUCUGGAGUCGGAUCUUGGUCAGGUGGGGAAUCACGCAUUUGCCCGGAUGGAGGGUGAUGUGGACAAACAGCGGAAACAGAUCCUGCAGGGCCAGAUGUCCGAGGCGGCCAUCCACAAACAACACCAGAGGAAUUACAAUCGCUGGCUUUGUCGCGCGAGAGCAGAGGAUCUGUCAGACAUCGCUGCACUAAAAGCUUUAUAUCAAACUGGUGUGGAUAUGUGUGGCAGGACAGUAAUGAUUUUAGUUGGACGAAACAUCCCAGUGACCCUUAUCGACAUUGAAAAGGCCCUGCUGUACUUCAUCCAUGUGAUGGACCACAUCACAGUGAAGGAGUAUGUGAUGGUUUACUUCCACACGCUGACCAGCGAGCACAACCACCUGGAUUCCAACUUCCUCAAGAACCUCUACGACAUCGUGGACACCAAGUUUACAAAGAAUUUAAAGGCCUUCUACUUUGUACAUCCUACAUUUCGCUCUAAGGUCUCAACGUGGUUCUUCACCACCUUCAGUGUGUCUCGAAUGAAGGACAAGGUUCGCUACCUGGACAACCUGCAGCAGCUCUUCACCUGCAUCAAACCUGAGCAGAUCGAUAUUCCUCCAUUUGUUCUGGAGUAUGACGCACGGUUGAAUAGACCGUACCAUCCCUCCCAGUCCUCCAGUCUGUGACAGGAGACCAAUCGGACCUCCCAGCCGGGGUGACGACGUGGUGUCAGCCUGUCAAGUGGCAGCCAUUUAUGGACAUUGUGUUGCCCGUGCGGUCUGAACUCCUAACCUCCUCUUAAGGCUCUGGAACGUCAUCGUGGGGAAACUCUCCUUUUGUUCUGUCCCGGCCAAAUGGACUAAAAUUAACAGUCGCAGCCCACAUUUAGCAGCAUGUGGCCUGGUGAGCGGUCGUUCUCUCUCACCACAGACUAUUUGUGGAUCUGGUAAUGGUUUCUGGAUCAUGCCUUACUCCAACAUUUCUUAUUCAGCAGUUUCCUCAAAGAUCCGUAAAGAUGAAGUUUUGAGUCGAGCCCGACAAACGUUUUCCAUCAUGCGGUCGAAUAGGACGUCCUCGCCCAUGUCUCCGAAUAUCGUCAGACUUUUCAAAUGCUGGAGUAUAAUGAAGUCUGUCUGGAUUUCCACACCGUCUCAUUCUGUAUUGUACCAUGCUAGACAGAAGUAAAGACUAAGCUGGAAACUCCCAGCCAGUACGUUGUAAUAACCUCUUGCGGUCACAAUCUGGAAACCCCAGGGGAGAAAAGACAUGUUGUCUAUGUUAGGUAAGCUAGCUAUCAUAUAACAUUUACUUUACCACAAAGUUACGUUUAUCGAUUAAGCAACUUAAAGGAAUAUUUCUACAUUUUGAAAAAUAUGCAUAUUUGCUUUCUUUGGCAAGGGCUUGAAUGUAACGCACGUUCAUUUAUAUGUAAAAGUCCUGCAUUCUAGCUUUAAUUUAAAAAACGUAAUACAGUAAUCGAUAAUGAAUAUAGUCAUUUGUUUCAGCUCUUAUCACAAGGCUGUCAGUCAAAAGGUUCUCUUCUAUGGCGGUGCCUGUGUAAGAACACCUAGCUGUUGUUAAAUCAGCCACCUUGUGAAGCUGAAGGUCCUGUCUGUCUGCAGUUGUAUUUUACAGUUCACGACAGCGUUUCUCCACCUGGAGGUCAGGAGAUGAUUUAUAGGAUUACACACAAUAUUCUCCCACCGCACUUAAUUUUUGUCUCAUGUUUUUGCUUCCAAAGUGUUCUACAAUGAUACAUUUAGUCCUGUGAGCUGCUGGCUUAUUUUCAGCUGCUCUGCUUCCUCCAGGACUCCCUCUUUGGUUGAGUUGUUGCUGUUUCAGUCAUGGAAAGGAUUCACUUUGUUAUAAGGGUA